ACUUUAGAGACAGACUUUAAAUCGAAAUUAUUAUUUUCUGUAUUUAUGGUAAUAUAUCAUAGAUUUUAGUCAUUCCUCGAUGCUGCUAUGGGAUUAAUCGAGAACUUAUUUUUAUAUAUUUUAUUAAUAGCUGCACUUAUUAUCAUCGUGUUUUGUAUAAUAUUGUAUAUUACAACGCAACCGUACCCAAAAUUAUGGCGGGAUGAAAAAGAAAAGGUCUUCUUCGAUCACAGAAGGAAGGAAUAUCAAGAGUUUCCUUCGUUAUACAAUAAUUGGAGCAUAAAUCUAAGUGUUAUCGUACCUGCUUACAACGAGGAGGAAAGACUACCGCCGAUGUUAGACGAAUGUUUAGAAUAUCUGGAACGAUUAAAAAAAUCUGGUCAUAGUUACGAGGUAAUUGUAGUUAGCGACGGAAGUACAGACCGAACUGUAGAAGUUGCCGAACGUUAUGCUUCCAAAUACGAUACUGUCAGAGUAUUGGCUCUUGUUAAAAAUAGGGGUAAGGGUGGUGCCGUUAGGCUGGGUAUGCUGAGCUCGAGAGGUAGCGCGUUGUUGUUUGCAGAUGCCGAUGGCGCCACUAGAUUUGCGGAUCUAGAAAAAUUAAACGACAGUUUAAGAAACACAUUAGGAUUUGAUUAUUUGUCUAAGCCAGAAGAGGUAGCAUUGUCGCAUGCCGUAAUUUGUGGAUCGAGAGCUCAUUUAGAAAAGGAAGAAACCGCCAAACGCUCUUUUUUUCGACUACUUCUGAUGCACGCAUUUCAUUUUUUAGUUUGGUUCUUGUGUGUACGAGGUAUAAGAGAUACGCAAUGCGGUUUCAAAUUACUAACAAGAGAGUCUGCAAGAAGCAUAUUUCGGACUUUACACGUCGAACGUUGGGCAUUCGACGUUGAGAUGCUUUAUAUCGCAAAAUAUUUUAAUAUUCCUGUGACCGAAAUUGCAGUAAAUUGGACAGAAAUAGAAGGAUCGAAAAUAGUGCCAUUUUGGAGUUGGCUACAAAUGGGCAAAGAUCUAGUUCUAAUUUGGCUUAGGUAUAAAAUCGGAGCAUGGAAAAUUGACAAUAUUAAGCAGAAUUAACUGAAAACACACGAAACAAUUUUAAAGACAACAGAAGGAAUGCUUGAGAUGAUGUAUUGUGCAUUUUCAAUAGUCUGUAACGUGAAACCGAAUUCAUUGCGAUUUUUUAAGAGAGUGUACUAAUAAAUAAUUGUAAAAUUUA